AUGGUGAGGGAAAGGUUACUUGAUAGUGAUGAGUCUGUGAAGUUGAGGUUGAUUGGAAAGAGGGGAAAAGAUGGUAGGACAUAUAAUUUGCCGGUUGUAUCUGAAGUAGCUGCAUUGAUUGUUGGUGAUGUUGAUGAAAAUAUAUGUGAUAGGGAUAUCAUAGUUGAACAUCGCACAGGAAAGUUGAAAAGGAUUCAUGAAAUGCAUCCAAUGUAUCUUCCUUUACAGUAUCCAUUGUUGUAUGUAUAUGGUGAAGAUGGUUAUAUGGAUGAUAUUUGUUUCUCAGGAUCGGUUACAGGCUCUAAGCGUGGUAUGCGUGUUAUUUUGCCUUCAAGUCAUACAGGUGGUGCCCGUUAUAUAAUUCAAAGUUACCAUGAUGCAAUGGCUAUUUGCAAAUGGGAUGGAUAUCCAAAUUUUACUUGCAAUCCUAAAUGGCCUGAAAUUUUAAGAUUUGUUGAGAACAUGGGGCUUAAAUAUGAAGACCGUCCUGAUGUGGUUACUAGAAUAUUUAAGAUGAAAAUAAACAGUAUGAUCAAAGAUUUUUGUCGUAACAAAGUGUUUGGUGAUGUUGUUGCAGCUAAGAACAAAAAACAUCCUGUACCUGCAGAUGUUGAUCAAAUUAUUUCUGCUGAAAUUCCAGAUUCUGAGCUUGAUCCAGAUUACUUUAAACUUGUGUGUGAAUUUAUGGUUCAUGGUCCAUGUGGUGUGGCUAGACGUGAUUCCCCUUGCAUGUCUGAAGUUGCAUGGAGAUUGUAUGGAUUUGAAAUACAGUACAGAGAUCCUGCAGUGGAAAGAUUAAGUUUUCAUUUGCCAGAUGAGCAAUUUGUUGUAUAUGAUGAGUCAACUGGUUUGGAUGACGUUAUGGCUCGAAGAAGUGUUAAUGAAAGUAUGUUUUUAGGUUGGUUUGAGGCGAAUAAGAAAUAUCCUUAUGCUAGAGAAUUGCUUUACUCAGAUUUUCCUAAUAAAUUUGUUUGGAGGGCUGCCAAUAGAGAGUGGACACCGCGAAAACAGGGUUUUGUGAUUGGGAGGUUGAGGUUUAUACCAGUGGGUUCUGGUGAGUUAUAUUAUCUGAGAUUACUUUUGAAUAUUAUUCCUGGAGCUACUUGCUAUGAAGAUUUAAGGAAUGUCAAUGGUAGUUUGUAUGGUACGUAUAGGGAUGCAUGUUAUGCAUUAGGAUUGUUGGAGGAUGAUAAAGAAUAUAUUAAUGGGAUUAUUGAGGCAAGUUAUUGGGCGUCUGCUUUUGCACUAAGGCGUUUGUUUGUAACACUAUUAUCUUCUGACUCUAUUUGUCGUUCUGAAGUUGUUUGGAAUAGUUGCUGGAGUUUGUUGUCGGAUGAUAUUCUUUUUACACAGCGAAGAGUAUUAAGACAUCCAGAUUUGUUACUUACUGAAGUGGAUAUAAGAAAUUAUGCAUUAAUAGAGAUUGAAAAGGCGUUGUUGAAGGUGGGAAGAAGUUUACGUGAAUUUCAAUCUAUGUCAUUUCCAUUAGAAGAAUAUUUUGAGGCUUGUCAAAACAAGUUGGUAAUGGAGGAGUUAUCUUAUGACCGAGAAAAUUUAGCUAGAGAUCAUGCUGUAGGUGAAAUUGUGUUGAACGUUGCCUCAAGUGGAAUUGCAUCUUUAUUGUUACCAGGUGGGAGGACAACUCAUUCUUGGUUUAAGAUUCCAAUAAAUGUAACUGAGGAUUCAUUUUGCUCUUUAGAUAGAAGUCUUCGUGAUUUAAGGCGUUGUACAAAUCAAAGGAAUUCAUAUUUACCGUUUGGUGGUAUAACAGUUGUUUUUGGUAGUGAUUUUCGGCAGAUUUUACCUGUUAUUCCUAAAGGUAGUAGACAAGAUGUGGUUAAUGAUAUUGGUGAUGGUGUUGCUGGAGAUUGCACAGAUGGAUAUGGUAAAGUAGUUAUUCGAAGAGAUUUGUUGCUUGAAUGUACUACUGAUCCUUUGCAGUGUAUUGUUUCUUCAACGUAUCCAACAUUUGGGCAGAAUGUUGAAGAUUCGAGUUACUUAGAAAAUUGGGCUAUAUUAGCUCCAACGUUGGAAGUAGUUGAAAUGGUUAAUCAGUAUAUGAUGUCUCAUAAUUGUUCGCAAGAGCAUACUUAUUUAAGUGCUGAUAGUGUUGUUGGAUCUGAUUCCCGUCCUGGUCUUUUUGAGGAGGUUCACACGCCUGAGUUAUUGAAUGGUGUACGUUGUUCUGGUUUACCCAAUCAUGAGUUACAUCUUAAGAUUGGUACUCCUGUCAUGUUGUUGAGAAAUAUUGACUAUGAUUCUGGAUUGUGUAAUGGUACUAGGUUGAUUAUUACUAGACUUGGAAGUCAUGUUUUGGAAGCAAAGGUGCUUGGUGGGCGUUGUACAUGGAAUUUAGGUGUUGUUACCUAG